AAGGUGGUUAUCCAUGGAUGACAAACCUGAACUUGAAAAAGACAACUCUCCCUCCUUCUCAUACCCGAAGUCCUUACCAGUUCCUUAAAGAAAAACCCAUCUCACCAAAUCCUUUCAUUAAAAAAAAUCCAAUCUGAUUUUCUCUCUCUUUCCCUCUCUUUCUCGCCAAUCUUUUUAUAUUCUUGUCCAUAUUUCUGUCUCUUGUUCUCUUUGAAACUCAUUUAAUUCCCUCAUAUGCAGAAGAAAACACCUCUCUUUCCUUGAAUGAAAAUGGGAAUGAAGCAGAGGAAGAACAACAAUCUCCCAAUCUUCGUCGUGGUUUUCUCAAUUUUUCUGUUUGGGGUCUUCAUGUACAAUGAGGAUGUCAAAUCCAUUGCAGAGUUUCCAUUCUCAUGGCCUCCUAGUAAAUCUCAAGAAAUCCAAGAACAACACAGAAUACCACUUCAAGAAUCUCUCAAGAAGGACCAAGAAGUCGCUUCAGUCUCCAUGACUACUACUACCGAAACAACAACAACAACGACAACUAUUCAAGAGGAGGAGACACAAGAGAUUAAUACUAACAUUCCUUUUGAUGAGCCCAAUAAGAGUAAUAUUGAAUUGGUACAGGGGAAAACAGAGGAGACAGCGGAGGAUGAGGAGGACGAAGAGGUCGAAUUGCCGCCGGAGGAAUGCGAUCUUUUCACCGGAGAGUGGGUUUAUGACAACGAGACUUACCCACUUUACAGAGAAGAAGAAUGUGAGUUCUUAACAGCACAAGUGACCUGUAUGAGAAAUGGAAGAAAAGACUCUCUGUAUCAGAACUGGAGAUGGCAACCCAGGGACUGUUCUUUGCCCAAGUUCAAGCCAAAAUUGUUGUUGGAGAAGCUGAGGAACAAGAGGCUUAUGUUUGUAGGAGAUUCACUGAACAGAAAUCAAUGGGAAUCCAUGAUUUGUUUUGUUCAAUCUGUGGCUCCUCCUGGAAGGAAGAGCUUGAACAAGACUGGAUCUCUUGCUGUCUUCAGGAUUGAGGACUACAAUGCUACAGUGGAGUUCUACUGGGCUCCAUUUCUGGUGGAGUCAAAUUCUGAUGACCCAAAUAUGCACAGCAUAUUGAACAGAAUCAUAAUGCCAGAAUCCAUCAACAAACAUGGUGUUAAUUGGAAGAAUGCGGACUACCUCAUCUUCAACACAUACAUUUGGUGGAUGAACACUUUCUCUAUGAAAGUCCUACGAGGAUCGUUCGAUGAAGGAUCCACCGAGUAUGAUGAGAUCGAUCGGCCAGUAGCAUAUAGGAGAGUUUUGAAUACAUGGUCUAAUUGGGUUGAUCAAAACAUUGACCCAAAUCGCACCACUGUUUUCUUCAUCAGCAUGUCUCCUCUCCAUAUCAAGAGCCUGGACUGGAACAACCCUGAUGGGAUCAAGUGUGCUAAGGAGACAAAACCAAUUCUCAACAUGUCAAUGCCGCUGGAUGUUGGCACAGACCGCAGACUCUUUGUGGUAGCAGCAAAUGUGACACAAUCCAUGAAAAUACCUGUUCACUUCAUCAACAUCACCACUCUUUCGGAGUAUCGGAAAGAUGCACAUACAUCUGUUCAUACCAUCCGCCAAGGCAAAAUGCUAACGCCCGAGCAGCAGGCCGACCCCGCCACGUAUGCUGAUUGCAUCCACUGGUGCCUUCCUGGAUUACCGGACACGUGGAACGAGUUCCUCUAUACUCGGAUUAUCGCUCGUUCAUGACACUUUGGAAAUUAAUUUUUGCUUGUAAUCCAAUUUUUAAUCUUGUUUACCUUCUUCACCUCUUCCCUUCAAUUUGUCAUGUAAGUUUUCUGUAAUUUUUGUUCUCCAAAUUUUACCAGCCUUAAAUUCUAGGUUUGGACAAUGCUGAAUUCUGUCAAUUGGAUGCAUGGUUAACAGAAAA